AUGCAAACCUCGACUGUGGAGCUUGUCCUCAAUGCUGAUCUCAAUGAGGAUAAAGAACAUGUGUUGUGGUACAAGUCGAAGAAAUUUCUGAUUGGGGUGUGUGUGGUAGCCACGGCUUGUGUGGCAACCGGUAUUUCUCUGGCUGUGAUCUCUGCCAACAACACUGCACAUGAGACGCACAGAGCCGAAGUGCGCGCCAGUAUGUCAACGCCGGUAGCAGGCACAUCCUGGACACUCGAGGCCUGGGGCUACAAAGACGAGGUGAAGGAUGACAACUAUAUGGUGGUUGUAGACAUGUUCGACACAUCCAAGUCUACUAUUGAAAAGUACCAGGACGAAGGCCACUUUGUUAUUUGCUAUAUAAGCGCAGGCACGCUGGAGUCAUGGCGGCCUGAUGCGAACACGUUCCCUGAUUCUGUGUUGGGGUUGGCGAUGGAAGACUGGGCUGGCGAGAAGUGGUUCGACAUCUCUAAGAUAUUCGAACUGGAGGAGCUCAUGGAGCCGCGCUUUCAGAUGGCCAGAGAUAAGGGCUGUCAGGGCAUAGAGAAUGACAAUGUUGAUUGCUUCAUUAAUAAAUGCGUCUCGGGGAUGGACAAAGUUGAUUUGACGGGGUAUCAGCUCAACUACAACAAAUGGCUAGCAGACACGGCCCACAAAUACGGCAUGAUAUCCUCACUGAAGAACGCAGGUGAUCUGGUGUACCAACUCGUCGAUUGGUUUGACAUGGUCAUCGUUGAGGAGUGUGCCAAUUACAACGAGUGUGGACUGUACAAGCCGUUCACCCAACAGAACAAAGGCAUCUUCUCCGUUGAAUAUAAAACAUCGUCAACGGCCGCCAAAUGUUCGGAAGCCAAGGAAGAGUUCAUCCGGCGCAAAUGGAACUCCGACAGCACCUGGAAAGACUGCGACUACUAAUUAAUUCUCGCUCAGUUACAGCUACUAAAUUCCGUCAGUUACUAUGAUAUCAGUAGUACGGCAGUCACCGUCAGCUACUAUGAUAUUUGUAGUACGGCAGUUCCUAUCAGUAGCACGGUCAGCGACAGUUGCCAUUGCUGUGGGAGCAGUAGCACUGUAGAGUUGCACGCACGUCAAUCGGACUGGAUUAUUCCAGAUUGACACACACCUCCUCAUUAUUGGCCAAACCUUAAAACGCUGAAGUGGUGUAGCUUCGUUGGUGUUUGAUAUAGAAGGCUAUAAUCGUGUGAUCUCUAAGUAUUGACACUCGCCGUGCCGUCAUACACAUGUGACGCUGGCCUCCGGCAGGGGAGGGGGGGAAAGGGGGGGUUAAUAUACCAUAGUAGUUGAGGCAUAAAAUAUAGCAUAAAUAGCAGUAGAUUGCAUUAAAUAUCAUUAAUAUAUAAGGCAAAAUCAGCGCGACGUUCUCGCGCUUAACCGCCACACCCUUUUUACCAAUAAACUUUAACCGCUU